AUGGUGGAUAACGCCAAUGCUAGCGAUGGAUUGAAGAUUACCUAUCGAAGCAUGUGCCUUGACGGAACCACGCUCAAAGAUACCAAUGUAUGCGAAGGAAUACACGUUGGCGAUGAGGUGCAAUUCGAAGAUCGUAUUGUCGAAAAUACUGAAGAUUGUCAUGGUGGAGACAUGGUAUGCGGUGUAUGUCGUUGCAAAGGAGGAAAUGUGGGCCGUUAUUGCGAGUGUAAUCGACCUGGAAUGAGUACCGCGGCACUGAACGAGAAAUGCAAGAGAAUCCCGAAGAACAGAUUUUCUGGAGAGUUUUGUGAAUGCGACAACUUUAAUUGCCCGCGACAUGAUCGCAAGAUCUGUGCAGAACACGGGGAAGUGCAACUGCGGGCAGUGUAUUUGCGCUCCUGGAUGGACAGACUUGAUCCCACAAAAGUGUAUUGA